AUCAAGAUGGCUAUGAGAAGACCGCGAAUAAAAGUACAGGCUAAUAUCGCCUUGAAUUCAAAGCGUAAGCCUAAAGUUGCCGAUGUGAAAAAUUCUGCUGAAAGCCAGCAGCAGCAACCAGCAAAUGCCACAACAACGUCUGAGGAGGUCAAGUUAACCAAGGAAAAGGAACAAGAAUUGCCUCAAAAUGCAAAUGAGAAUACGGAAAACAGUAAUGAGGUUGGCCGUCAAGAACAAGAAGAAAAUCAGCAGAUUGCAGAAAAAGAGGUUAAUUCCGCUGACUCAAUAAUCAAUGCAAAUGACACGACUGCAAGUGAUGGUGAUGAUAGUAAUAAUAAAAACAACAAUGCUGCUGCUUUUGCUAGGGGUGGUGUUGGUGUGAACAAUGAUAAAACUCAAGCAAAUAUCUCUGAUGAUUCUAUAAAUAGUCCGAAGAAAACUGGAAAUGCCAACAAAACACCCUCUGAUGAUAACAGCACAUUCAAAUGUCCGCCCAAGAAGUUGGAAUAUCAACGUUCCACCAGCCAUAUUUCUAAUAAUAAUGGCAGCGAUGAUGUUUUCUAUUCCGACAUUGAGGAAAAUGCCCAACAAAUGGACGGGCAGCAAAAGUCCCCCAAUGAUUUCCCCAUGUCUCCAUCGAGAAGCCAACAAUCUAGACAACGUAUUAAGGCAACACCCAUAUUUGGGCAACGACGUAAUAGUUUUGUGGGCUCCUCGCCAUCACCAUACACUGAAGAAUCCACCAGUAGCGGAGGUAGUGGUGGUGAAGUGGGUUCCACCACCCCCAGACGUGAACGACACAUGUCCGGUUCCAUGAGUACACAUUCGAAUUCCAGUUCAUCGCAUCAUUACCAUCAUACUCCGCACAAGUAUUUACCAAAUGGUGUCAGCAUGUCUCGGGUGCGCACCGAAUCUGGCUGUUCGGUAUUCUCAGAUUCCAAUGUCAGCAGCACACACAAAAGCCGGAGGACCGAUGAACACAAACUGAAUUUAAAACGUGAAUUUGAGGCACGUUUUUCCAAUGGUGUACCCGAUAAGUCGGCAUUGAAAAUGUCCGAUUUGAUUUUUUACAAUCCAACCACAAAUCCCAUGGAACAAAAACCCAAUCCAAAUAUCAAACUAGAAAAUGGAGAUAAAAAUCCGGCAUCCACCUCCGAAGAUGAUAUGAAAACGGAAAAUGAUAAUGACAAAUCGAAGUCGAAUGCCGAUAAAGAAGAAGCCAUGCCAGUGCCUCAGCUUAAACUGAAUUCAAAUGGUGAGCUAAUAUUGGACGACAAGUCUUUGGUAAUUGAAACAACGGCCGAACAGGAAGCCCGUAAAGUCCUCGCCAAUUCGUCGUUAAUAUAUUUGGAUGAAAACACCGGCAUGAAUGGGUUCUAUUCGCGGCAGAAACGUACCCGCGAUUGGCCAUCUUCGGAAACGGUGAAAUUCUAUCGUUGCCUACAAACGGUGGGUACGGAUUUUUCCCUUAUGGUACCUCUCUUUCCGAAUCGUACAAGACGUGACUUGAAAUUGAAAUUCAAAAAGGAGGAACGCAUAAAUGGCGCUUUGAUAAAUAAGGCUUUGUUAUAUCCGAAAAAUUUCGAUGUUGAAGAGCUGAAGCAACAAAUUGAGGAGGAAGAAAAACAACGUGAAGAGGAGGCGGAACGAUUGCGGCAGCUUAAAGAGUCGGCUACCAAGGUGGUGAAAAAGCGAAAAAAUGCCCGAAGUCAUGCAGAUCGCAGCCUAAACGCAGACAAUCUUUACCAAAAUGAAAACCAUCAGCAAGUUGCCAAAAAGCCAAGAAUCCGUAAAGAAAAACCCGAAACUAAACAACAACAAAAUAAUAUUGCAACGACACCAGUUGCCGAGGCAACACCAGCAGCAGGACCAGCACCACCACCACCACAAAAUAUUAAUGGAAGUCAAACGAUUUCGAAUAAUGAGCCAACAACUGCAACAUCAUCUUCCACAACUGCCGAAGAUCCAAUAAAAACCGAAGGUGAUAAGGUACGACGAAGGCGACGGCGUGUGCCAAAUAUUAAAAAAGAAAAAUUAGCUGUGCCUCAGCCGAAUGAUGAUGAUGGACAACAGCCAGCAUCAGAUCAUGAUGAUUCCUCUCCCCUAUCAUCAUCGGCCAUCAAAGUUGAAAAUGUUAAAAACGAACCCCUACAAAUGCCUUUAUAUCCGACAAAAACCGAAUAUUGUCACGAGGAUGAAGAUGCCGCCGAACAAAUCGAAAAAGAUGUCGAUCUUUUAUUACAUUCCGAUCUGAAUGAGGAUGUUUAUGAUAUUAGUGAGGCAUCGAGGGCCAGUAACAAUGAUACGCCGCCCAGAAAAUCCAAAUCUCUAUCACUGCCAAUAACCGAAUCUCCCGAUUCGUCAUCGCCGAAUUCCAGAUUUUUAGUUAUCGAUGAUAAUUAUUGCAAUGAACCAAUGGAGAUUGAUGCACCAUAUGAGGGUAGGACAUUUGUUAAUUUGGAUGAUGGUUCAUUUACAACGUUGGAGUCACCAAGACGACGGCAGUCGCCACCACAGCAGCCACAAAGCUAUGAUGAACCGCCGGCGCCAAUUGUAAAUCAACCCACACCAUCGCCUUCUCCUCCGCCACCAGCACCAGCACACAUACAAGCAGCACAGUGUCUCCCAAGGACCGGGUCUGUACCACAAUCACCACGCCCCCAGCAUUAUCUAGCAUCUCAAGCAUCACCUCAUCACAGAUCCAUGGUGGCAACACCACCCGAUCUAACCUCCCAAGAUACCAAUUGUUCAUUUACCUCCGAUCGUGAACUAAACGAACAGGACAUACAACGUAUACUCACCGAACUGGCCGAAGGUUCAUUGGUACUUGUCUCCACCCUAGAUCCCGAUGAUCCCGACAAAGUGUUAAAUGAGAUAUUUAUGGUGGACAAGAAUACCGGGGAUUUGUGUGAUGAACCCUUAAAUAUACCCGAUAAUAUUGUGCAGUGCAUUUUAUCUGUGAUGAGCUAAGAAAA